UAUUACCGUUCCUACGCCUCCCAAGACCCUUCCCUGCAAAUUCCUUGUUCCUGGGGUUAAAUUUAUCAGGCGCGUCUACGGAAAACCCUUCAAAUUCCUUGAUCCAUUUUGUGAAUUGAAGUCCUCUACAGCCUUUAAAAAGCCAAGCAAAUUAAUGGGGUUGCCAAGAUUUACCCGUCCCAAAGGAGGGGAUACUGAUCGUACUAGUCCAAAUCUAUAUGUAGCCAACUGUGGACCUGCUGUUGGGCUCUCCUUCGAUCUAAUUGCUUCAGUUUUUAGCAAAUAUGGCGAAGUACAGGGUGUCUAUGCAGCUGAUGAGACUGGGACUCGAGUUAUUGUUUGUUUUGACGGUGACAACUCUGCAAAGUCUGCAAUGGAGGCAUUGCAUGAAAACCCGUGUUCUCAACUGGGUGGCCGCUCUUUACAUAUUCGAUAUUCAGUACAAUCAAGUGACCAAAUUCAGGUGAAGGACUUAGUUCUAGUUUCUUUGACGGAUUCUGAGUUGAAAGUUCCAGGCGUCUAUUUAUUGCAUGACUUCAUCACUGUUAGAGAAGAGGAGGAAUUACUUGCAGCGGUUGAUAGUAGGCCUUGGCACCAUCUUGCUAAAAGAAGGGUUCAGCACUAUGGAUAUGCAUUUUGUUAUGAGACAAGAAAUGUUAACACAAACCAGUACUUGGGCAAACUUCCCUCGUUUGUGUCUGUUAUACUCAAAAGAAUCUCACAGUUUCAAAAGCUUGGUUGCUCUGUGGAUAUAGAGUUGGACCAGCUAACAGUGAAUGAAUACCCAAUUGGUGUGGGUUUGUCACCACAUGUGGACACCCAUUCAGCAUUUGAAGAACCUAUUUACAGCCUUUCACUAGCAGGGCCCUGCAUCAUGGAGUUUAGAAAAUAUUCAACAGGUGUUUGGCUUCCUACGUCUACCUCAAACUUUGAUAACGAGGUGUCAGAUUCUUAUAGUGGCUCAAAUUUCAUAAGGAGAGCUAUAUAUCUUCCUCCUCGGUCAAUGCUAUUGUUAUCUGGGGAAGCACGGUAUGCUUGGCAUCACUACAUUCCCCACCAUAAGGUUGACAGAGUGAAGGACAAUGUGGUUAGAAGGGGCUCAAGGAGAGUGUCAUUCACAAUGCGCAACGUUAGGAAAGGACCUUGCCAAUGUCAAUACCCUGAUUUCUGCGAUUCUCAAAAAUAGACGAGGAUUUACUUCAAGAACCUUUGCAGACAGAGGGGAAGCAUCUCUAUAAAAAAUAAUAGCUGUAAGGCAAUUGCUUUAUUUUGAAACCAGAAAAUAAGAACCAGCCAAAAUCAGGGCUUGAAUUGUUAACCAGUAAUUGGACGGACACUCCUUUUUCUAACAUAAUGCCAAGAUGGACGUUCCAAUUA